AUGGGAAUCGUACUGGCCAAAUUAUGGCGCAAACUCACUAGCAAAGAGGAAGUUAAAAUCGUGAUUGUUGGAUUAGAUAACGCCGGAAAGACUACAGUUCUAUUAUUAAAUGAAGUAGUUGUAACGACACCUACUAUUGGAAGUAAUGUAGAGGAAAUAAUUUAUAAAAAUAUACACUUUUUAAUGUGGGAUUUAGGAGGACAAGAUUCUUUGCGAACAUCAUGGAAAGCAUAUUAUAUAAAGACAAAGGCAGUUAUCAUGGUUAUUGAUAGCACAGACAAGGAUCGACUUCAUAUAUCAAGAACAGAGUUACAUACAAUGAUGGAAGAUGAGAAUCUUAAAAGUUCAGUUCUACUUGUAUUUGCAAAUAAACAAGAUGUAAAGGGUGCAUUAUCAGCAGUACAAAUUUCAGAGGCAUUGAAUUUAACAAGUAUGAGAGAUAAACAAUGGCAUAUACAGCCAUGUUGUGCUUUAACUGGUGAAGGAUUAUUUGAUGGAUUGGAUUGGAUUGUUAGUCAAAUUGGUACUUCUUGA